CUUUGUACCCCCCCUCUAGUCUCUUCUACUGUGGUUGAUUUUGUAGGCCCAAUUCGGGAACCUUCCAUCGAUUCUCAUUACCACCGUUGGAUCAUAAUUAACGGAAACGUGUAGGGCUGUUCUGACUAUUCCAAGGGAAAGUAUGGCAAGUCUCUACCCGUUUAUUUCUACUUGAUGCCUAUUUAAACAACCCAACACCGUAACUAUUGUAUUACAGCUCGUAAUCAAAAGUCCCCACAAGUUGUUCUAGAACCCCUGGCUUCUCGCUCUUUGUCUUCGUCUCUUGUAAGCUCUUGAAAUAUGGCCCCUGAACUUGUUCAAGCUUCGGUGAAGUCAAGCGGGUAUGUUACAGAACCUGCGAACUUGCCUAGCAGAGCAUACGUUACCUUCUUGGCUGGUAAUGGAGACUAUGUAAAAGGCGUUGUUGGGUUGGCGAAAGGUUUAAGGAAGGUUAAAGCUGCAUACCCAUUGGUGGUGGCGGUUUUGCCCGAUGUGCCGGAGGAACAUCGUAAGAUUUUGGAAUCUCAGGGCUGUAUUGUAAGGGAGAUCGAACCUGUUUAUCCACCUGAGAACCAUACACAAUUUGCCAUGGCCUAUUACGUUAUCAACUACUCAAAACUCCGCAUCUGGGAGUUUGUGGAGUAUAAUAAGAUGAUAUACUUGGACGAGGACAUCCAGGUCUAUGACAAUAUUGAUCACCUAUUUGAUCUCUCUGAUGGGCAUUUCUACGCUGUGAUGGACUGCUUCUGUGAAAAAACUUGGAGCCAUACGCCCCAGUACAAGAUCGGGUAUUGCCAACAGUGCCCUGACGAGGUCAAUUGGCCAGCUGAAAUGGGUCAACUUCCGGCCCUCUACUUCAAUGCUGGCAUGUUCGUUUUUGAGCCCAGCCUUUCUACCUAUGAUGAUCUCUUGAAAACUCUCAGAGUUACUACUCCUACCCCUUUUGCAGAGCAGGACCUUUUGAACAUGUUUUUCAAGAACAUCUACAAGCCAAUUCCUUUGGUUUACAAUCUUGUUCUUGCCAUGUUGUGGCGUCACCCAGAGAAUGUGGAGCUCGACAAAGUGAAAGUUCUUCACUACUGUGCUGCGGGAUCAAAGCCAUGGAGGUACACAGGAAAGGAAGAGAAUAUGCAGAGAGAGGAUAUUAAAAUGCUGGUGCAGAAAUGGUGGGACAUUUACAAUGAUGAAACACUGGAUUACAGGAAGCCAAAUUCAAUGGCGGUUGUUGAUGGGGAGACAGAACCAGUCAACUUACAACCAUUCAUCGAUGCUCUCUCAAAUGCUGGCGCGGUUCAGUUUGUGACCGCCCCAUCCGCUGCUUAAGACUUGAUCUGCCGUCGCUCUUUUUUCGCAACUAGUUUUAGAAUUUAGAAUACUGUUAUAAGCUUUAGCUUCUGUCUUCUGUUGGUGCCCUACAGCUUAGUAUUAUUGUUGAUAAUAUGUAUUAUGCAUUGUGCUUAAAUGUAAUCUUUUAUCCAACGGUUGAAAUGAAUACACGUGGUAUGGAUUUUAA